CCAGUCCUACAUAUACUCUUCCUGAUGAGCCUUAAUGAGCUCCAGCUGCAAGGGAACACCUGCCGUCCACCCUGAAAUCAGAUAAGGAAACCCAGCCAGGGGUUUCACAUCAGUGCUUAAACUCAAAGAACAACCAACCAGCCCAACAUCCUGUGGGUCUUUUUCACAAUGCAGUUUCCAAUGCUGAUAUAUCUCCGUCUAAUGUUGAUACUGCUAACCCAAACUAAAGUCAAAGCAAAAGAUGAGGAAUGGGCUAUUGUUUUAAAUCGGACCAUACAUGCAACAAAGGGCACAAGUAUCACCAUACUAUGCAAAUUUUCUGCUCCUGAGAUACAAUGCAAAAAACCUUGUACGGUUUACUGGAAAACAGAAGGGACGAGUGAAUGCGCCAAGAAUGACAACGACAAAAAAGCGUUCGCUUUUCACCCUAAUGCCUCUUGUAUAGAUCCACGCUUCAGGAAUAGGACACAACUCAUUGGAGACACAAGCAAUGGAAAUUGCUCUCUACAGAUCUCUGAUAUUCAGAAAAGUGAACCAUUAAUCUACCUGCGGGUUACUGGAUUUAACGACAGCUACAGUUUCGUAAAGCAUAAGGUCAGAUUCAACAUGGUUGAUCAGAAAUCAGGUCCCUUAAAUAACACAGAUUCCACAUUUGAGAGUGCAACAGAAAGUUCUGUGUCUGUUUCUUAUGAGGAUGGAAAAAUCAAACUUUAUCUGGCUACAUUUUUGCCACUUCUUGGACUUAUUGUCAUUGUUGCUGGGACAGUCGCUUACAAAGUACACAAGAGGUCAUACGCGUUCAAAGGGGAGGAAUCUGGAUAUUAUGCUAACUUCAAACAUACAUCAUCAAACCCACCAAAAAGUGAACCAUGCCGUAAAACAUCAAACAAAGAGCUUCCUGAUCCAAAAGUCAUUGAUGAACCUGUUUACAUGAAUUGUCAGACAUUAGGAAAUCCGACGGACCAACAAGUGGAAUGUGUUGACAACGUUUAUGGAAAUGUUGACUACACACUUUAGAAAAAAGCCUUGUCUCACAGCUGUUACUAACCAAAGUGCCUGUAUGCUGUUAAGAAUGGGUUCAUUGCAUGGGUUUAUAACAAAUGAAAUGAAUGGAAACUCCUAAAUGUAGUGAAAGGGAACUUUAUCCGGCAGUGUUAGUAUUGCUGGUUAACAGGUGAACCUAUCUGCCAUUUCUUGACAUUGGUUCAAUAAUAGAAAGUUACAAAUCUCACAAAUAUAACAAUUGCCUCACAACAUGAUUUUCUACAUAGAUUGUAGUUGACUGAAUGUUUAACGUUUUAAUUUUGGGUUUUUAAGUGUCAAGCACAGAGUUCUGCCAACUUCAAUCUCUCUGCUGUCUCUUGCUGACAUUAACCAACAUAAAAAGGAAUUUCUAUUAUGAUUGUGUUGAGUGAGAGCCUAAUUUUCCUCUCCCGCUUUUUUUAAUUAUUUGCAUAGAGUGUUAAGUUUAGUGUUGUAAAAGGCAUUAAUUAGAAUGAAAAUUUAGAGAUCAGUUUCUGCUUUUCACCUUGUUUAUGCAUUUAGUCUAGCAUCCAAAGUCCAAUUGACAUUUUACAUUUCCUAAUAUCUUUGAUUCAAACUGCAGAAGGAAAAAACAGAAAAUGUUGAUUUGUACACCUAUCAGUAGUUAUUGGAUAUCUUUAACAUUGUUCUUGUAAAGAGGAUAAAAAAUAAAUGUGGGCUUCUCACAAAUGCAUACAUUUCUGUUGGGUAACCAGAUGAUAAAAUCUCAAUUAUAGUGCUUUCUUUUUCCUUGUAAUGAUUAUUUUUUGGGCGCAGUGGGUAGCGCUGUUGCCUUGCAGAAAGAAGGUCC